UACGCUUGAGCAGUAUAUUAGCUUGCUGCUAUUGAUUUUGUUUUUGUAGUGUUUAGUGAAUUUAUUAAAUAUUGUAUUGUUUGUUUUUAUUGUUAGGCGCUUUUUACGAAAUUUUUAUACAUUUGAUUGCCAAUGGUUGUCAACAACGCUUACAAAACUAAAAGUAAAGAGGAUGAGCCGAACAGUGUUCAAAUUCAAAUGCAAUAUUCAUAUGUAAAUUUGGUUUUCGAAAAUGCUCCGACCGCCAGCAGCAUCGCCGCGCGGCGCGUUCUCACAAAUUUCGACAAGUUCGUUGCUUCAGUCUUCGGUGCCGCUUCGACGCGUCUGGCAGGCGUUUAAUGACGCUCAUUUGCUGAAUUAACUUAAAAGCGUAGAAACACAUUUUGACAAGCAAAUAGUUCAAUUAUAAUUGAAAGCAAGUAAGCGACCGGAAAUAAACAGCUUAGAACGCCGCAACGCAAAACAAAAAAAAAAAAAGAAAAUACGGGAACGACAUUAAGUGUACUAACAGCAGCUAUUCUUCAAAGAGUAGACAAACAACAGCGUAGCAGCGAACAUACAACAAAAGCGACAACUAAUUAAGUCAAAUAAUCCAAUCAGCAAAGCAGACAUUGCGCAUUAAACUAAACAAGAACGAACGCGUCGCCUCACCGCGCCGCGUCUUACAACGCAUUAAAUUCUCUACCACUCCGCGUUAACCGCUGCGCCACGCGCGCUAAUAUUCUCAAUAAAAAAAUGUGCAAAACGCCCAGUUCACGUCUGCUGUUGCGGCUCAUAACCGAUGUUGUGAUUUUAAUUGCGCUCUGCUGCGUCGCGCUCAUUGCGCUGCCCAAACUAUUGCCCACCACACGCCGCGGCUUCUUCUGCAGCGACGCAACGCUGCGCUACCCUUACACCGCUUCGCUGCUUAGUCGCGUACACAUUACCAUUGCGGUGAUCGCCUUACCCGCUGCCAUUAUGUUGGUGGUGGAGAUGUUGUGGGCGGCCGUGCGCGCUUCAGGCAAAUCCGAGACGAGCGCGCGCACGAAGCGCGCUGGCGUGCAGCAAUUUGUAUUCGUUGGCGUCAACAUACCGACCUUCGUGAGCGAGUGCUACAAGAUUGUUGGCAUCUAUUUCUUUGGUUUGGCGCUCGUGCUGAUAGCUGCGCGCGCUACGAAAAACUUUGUCGGUCGCUUGCGCCCUUAUUUCUUUGACGUCUGCCAGCCGCAGUUGCUGGAGACGCUGGGCGGUGGUUUGGCUUGUGAGCGGCUUGAAGCGCCGUAUGCGCAAAACGUCACCAGGGGUUAUAUUGAGGACUAUGAGUGUUAUGAGUUGGCCGCCUCGGCGGAGUUGUUGGCUAUGGCGCGGCAAUCCUUCCCCAGCAGCUACACAGCUACGGUCUUUUAUGCCAUGUGCUUUAUUGUGUUUUAUCUGCAAGCGCGUUUGGCUGCGCGCGCGCUACUGGUGUUGAGAACUUUGUUGCAAUUCGGUUUGCUGAUUUUGGCCGCGCUGGUCGCAAUUGAGCGUUUCUAUACGCACCAGAAUCAUGCGACCGACUUAUUGGCGGGUGCGGGCUUGGGCUUUUUUGUGGCAGCCUUUAACACAGUGGCCGUGGCAGAUGUCUUCAAGAGUUUGCCUGUGAAAAAACGCAAGCCACGCGACGAUGCUACGCGCAUUUAUGGAUACUAUGGUGUUAAUCGCAUUGCGAAAUAUUAUUGAUGAAUUUAGGUUUAUUAAUGCUUUGUUAAUUUAA